AUGUUAAACAUUGACGAUACUUCAUCAUCUGCUUCUUCCUGUGCAACACCAACUCGUACAUCAUCUUCGACGACAUCAACUUAUUCAACAUCUUCUAUUCGACAAGCAUUAAUUGAAGAUAAUGCUAAUUUUAAAGAGGAUAUUAAAAAAUUAUGCACAAGAUGGAUUGCUGGUUCGAUGCGUUCAUUUCGCAUCGUUGAUGAUCCCGGCUUUAAACGUAUUAUACAAGCAUGUUUGGACAUAGGAAGAGAAUGUCGUGAUGAAUUAAAUCUGGCGGCGGAAGGUCUUCUUCCAAGUGAUCGCACCGUUAAAAAUGAGCUUCGAAAAUUAGCUUAUGAUAUGAAAAACAAACACAAAUGUGUAUUAUUAGAAGCUGUAGCAAAUAAAGCUUUAACAAUUAGUCCAGAAUACUGGACCGACAAAUAUGGUGGCAUUAAUUACAUCGGAGCAACUGUACAUUUUGCUGAUGAAAAUUUAAAUUAUUUUUCAAUUGAUCUUUUUUGUGUUGAGAUUAUGAAUGUUAAGAUAACGGGUGAAAAUAUAUAUCGAUUAAUGGAGAGUCAAUUUGCUCAAUUUGGACUUGAUCAACACAUGGACAGCAUUACUUUUGUUACUGAUCGUGGAAGCAAUUCCAUAAAGGCUUUUCGAUUAAAUAAAGUUUUAUUUUGUGUGACACAUAGAUUAAAUAAUAUUUUAAAACGAUGUUUUUAUCAAUAUCCAACAAAAACCAACACAAUUAAUCUUGAACCAUCAUCAGAAAUCGAAGAUUUUACGGAAGUUAUUCGUGAAGAUGAAUCAGAUGAUCAAGAACAUGAAGAUGAUGAUGGUGAUUUUGAUGAUAACCAUGAUUACAAAGAUUUAGCUAUUAAUCAAUUACCAAAUAACGUUCGUGAAAUAUUAACUACAAUUAAGGACUGUAAAUCAUUGGUUAAAUAUAGUUAA